CGAAACGAACCUGAUAAAAGGCAAGUGGUACCGAAACCUUGGACUUCCCGCAGGCUCAGCGGAUAUGCAGUGGCAGCAGCAGCAGCAGUAGCAGCUGUGGAGGAUUCUCAACCCUCCACAACAGAUGCUAGGUGCCACCUACCAGAGUUAUCGGCUUCACGGCAGAGGGCAAGAGGUGGACCAGUGUGGAAUGUCGGAAGGUGCCAGGCAAGGGUGGAAGCAAGGAGGUGGUGGAUGGAGAGGCAGAAGAGGAAACUGGAGAGGAGGAGGAGGAGGAGGAAAGUGGAGGGGAAGAGGAAGAAACUGGAGGGGCCGAGGAGGAGGAAGCUGGAGAGGUCAAGGAGGAAACUGGCAGGGUAGAGGAGCAAACUGGAGAGGAGGAAAUAGUCAAGAAUGUGUGGAGGGGUCAAUGCCGCCUCCCUCCAGCAUUCCCUGGCCACCAUCUCAACCAGCCAUCACCACACUGCUGCCACAAGUCCCCACACCUUACAGAGGAUGGCACCUCUACAUGACACAGACUUAUAGUGAACACUUGGACACAGUGGGGUUUCUGUGUGCCUUUGAAAAAUACUUGAAGCAGAAGUAUCACAAAUGUCUGCGCAGUGAACUGGAGGAGCGCAGGGCUUUUUCUGUUGACCUAAAGGAGCUGGUGAGUGAUGAAGAUGUCAAGACAGCAAUACCAGAUCUGCCCAACUUGGUUUUGAACUCGCCAGAGGACGUCAUCAACUGUCUGGGUCUGGCAAUGCAUCAGCUGCUGACAGAGGAGGUUGAGGCAGAAUUGAAAGCAGAAGCAGAGGAGGUAUUGAGUGGGGCAGCUGAUAGUACUGACAGGGCAGCUCUGGAAGCCCUAGUGCCAGAGACACAGCUGCCACGCAUCCAUGCCCGCCUCACCAAUCACAGCAAACUCACCAAGCUGGGUGCUCUCAAAUCCAGCCACUAUGGCAAGCUAGUGAGUGUGCGGGGAACAGUGGUGCGUGUAAGUCCCGUCAAGCCACUAUGCACAGUGCUGGCCUUCUCCUGUUUGGGCUGCGGUGGGGUGCAAGGUGUGGGACAGCCGGAGGGGCGCUACCUGAUGCCCUCUUCCUGUGCUGCCACGCCUGGCUGCCGGUCUCGUUCUUUUGUGCCAGAGAGGUCCCACCGCCUCACUCACACAGUGGACUGGCAGACCUUCACCAUGCAGGAGAUCAUCAGUGAUGACCCGAGGGAGGGGGGCAGGAUCCCCCGCACAGUGGACUGUGAGGCUAAGGAGGAUCUGGUGGACUCCUGUGUGCCAGGAGACUUGGUCACUGUCACCGGCAUUGUCAAGGUGAGCCAGAGCCAGGAGGGGCGUGGUGGCAAGGGGGACAAGUGCAUGUUCCUGCUGUACAUCGAUGCCUCGUCCGUCACUAACGGCAAGGGUCGGGGUACUGGGGCUGACUCCGCCUCUGUUGGCAUUGAGUUCAGUCUCAAGGAUUACUAUGCCAUUCAGGAGAUCCAAGCGGAGCCAAACUUGUUCCGGCUGCUGGUGGGGUCACUGUGCCCAUCUAUCUAUGGCCAUGAGAUGGUGAAGGCUGGGCUGCUGCUGUGCCUGUUUGGGGGCUGUGGCCGGGGCAGCAAGGGGGCAGUAGCAGUGCGGGGCAACUCUCAUAUCCUGGUGGUGGGGGACCCUGGCCUGGGCAAGAGUCAGAUGCUGCAGGCAUGUGCAAACGUGUCUCCCCGUGGAGUGUAUGUGUGUGGCAACAAUACCACCACUCCAGGUCUGACAGUGACACUAUGUCGGGAGGGCGGUGGUGCAGGGGACUAUGCCAUGGAGGCUGGGGCUCUGGUGCUGGCUGACCAGGGCUCCUGCUGCAUUGAUGAAUUUGACAAGAUGGGCAGCCAGUACCAGGCACUGAUGGAAGCCAUGGAGCAGCAGACAGUUAGCAUUGCCAAGGCAGGAGUGUUGUGCACCCUGCCAGCCCGCACCUCCAUUUUGGCGGCAGCCAAUCCAUGUGCUGGCCACUACAACAGGGCCAAGACUGUCUCUGAAAACCUGAGGCUUAAACCUGCCAUGCUGUCUCGCUUCGACCUCAUCUUUGUUCUCCUUGACAAACCGGAUGAGGAGCUUGACUGCCGCCUGUCAGAGCAUGUGAUGGCGCUGCACAGCGGGACAGGUGGCAAGAUGGGCCACACAACAUUUUCAAAGAACAGAAAUUCCAGCUUUGCCUCCACUUCCUCCACGCUUGAUGAAGAUGAUGACAAAGCCCUCAGUGAGUAUUUGAAGCAGCCCACCUGGGAGCCCCUGGAUCCCAUACCUCAUCAGCUACUCAGGAAGUACAUUUGUUAUGCCCGCCGGUAUGUGCAUCCACGCCUCAGCCCAGCCGCUGCCAAGGUGUUGCAGGAAUUUUACAUUGACCUGCGACAGAACCAUGUAUCUGAUGCAAUCCCCAUCACUACUCGACAGCUGGAGUCACUGGUGCGCCUCACUCAGGCUCGGGCACGUUGUGAGCUACGGGAAGAGGCAACAGACCGGGACGCAAAGGAGGUGAUUGAGUUGAUGCGCUUCUCCAUGAAGGAUGCCUUUGCUGAUGACCUGAGCUUGGUGGAGUUUCAGAUGUCCCUGGGAGAGGCAAAGACAGGAUCCAGGGGACCAGUGAAGAAGUUUAUAGCAGGCCUGACUCGUUUGUCGGAGAAGACCUGCAAGUCAACCUUCAGUGUGAAUGAGAUGAAGCAACUCAUCAAUCAAAUGAAUCUGAAGGUGCCAGACUUUGGAGAUUUCCUGUCUACCCUGAACCACCAUGGCUACCUUAUUAAGAAGGGCCAAGGUGUGUACAAGCUGUCCUCCUUUGACUGCUGACUGAACUAGUUCCAUUCCUGCAGGGAUCAUUGAGGCUGGCACAAGUAGAUCUUACCAACUAGUGUAUUGAUCUUUACUCAUUUCUUUUAUUUAUUCAUUGAUUUCAAGGUGUAGAAGGAGCAGUACCAGCUAGACUUCAUGUAGU